AUGCACGCCUUCGCGCCGUUCGCCAACGCCUCGGCGACGCCCACGGUUCGUCAAACGACGUCGAAGCGUCAACAGACGUCAUCGCGCUCGAACGCGAUCGCGCGCGUCGUUCGCGCGAAUGCGCGGUCGAACGACGCCGAAGACGCGGUCGGCGAUGCGACGACGCGUCGUCGAGCGAUCGCGACGCUGUUCGCGGGUGCGGUAGGCACCGCGGGGGCGGUCGGGAGCGCCAAGGCGGACGUGCAAGAUUACCUGUCAAACUUGCUCGUCGAAAAGCCGCCGCCGCCGAAACGGGAAAUUUUGCUCCCGGAUCUCGAGGUCAAGCCGUUGACUCGAGAAGAGGGGUACCGAGGAACGACGGGGGCGAACAAAUCCAAGGCGCAGAUCGAGUUUGCGCAGUUUAUCGCGCCGAUCAUCGAGGAGAAUAUUGAUAUGGACUUUGGGUCGUACUUCCGAUUGGCGUUGGCGGAUUUGGGGACGUUCUCCGUCGUCGGUAAGAAGAAUGGGUUGAACGGAAGCAUUCGAUUCGAACUCGACCGUCCGGAAAAUGCUGGAUUGAAGCCGGCGUUCAAUUCGAUCGAAAAGAUUAAAAAGGCUGUGGACGCGAAGACGACGCAGCCGAUUACGUACGCGGAUUUGAUCGCCAUCGUUCCGCAUUUUGCGGCUCGCAGACAGUUCAAGGCGGAUUACAUGGAGGAAGUCGGGGACGAUAAGAACUACGAGUUCUUGUUCAUCGGCACCAACCCGUUCUUGGGGGCGAAAAUUCGCAUCGGUCGCCGUGACGCCGACGGUCCCGAUCCCGAAGGUUUGAUUCCGCUCGUCGACGGCAACGCCGAGGAUUUCAUCGCCUGGUUCCGUCGCAUGGGUCUCGGUCCGAACGAACUCGCCGCGCUCGCGCCGUACAUCUACGAGGAUCGUCAAAAAGGUAUCGAUAUUUGUGCCCAAGACGGCACGUGCGCGCGUUUGCUCGACGUGUACGAGACGCAGCGCAUUUUGGGCAAGCGCGCCCCGGGGCCGGCGGUGACCAUCAUCAAGAACCUCAAGCAAUGCACCGAUCAGUGCAUUCCGGGCGGUCCGCUGAGCGUCGCCCCGGCGCAGCUCGAUCCGCUCUACGUCGACUACGCCUUCAUCAAGGGUGGCGGCGAGAUCCCGCGCAUCUCCGCCUCGGGCGCGUACCCGGGCUCGAUUUACGACAGCGGCAGCAAGUUGGCCAUGCAACUUCGCGCGUCUCAGGCCGAACAGCGCGCGCAGGCCGCCGCCGCCGCCGGUAACUAA